GUGGCGCGGACUUGGUUCAUGGCUCCAUGCUGAUUGUCCUGCUAGCUCUGCGCUUAGCAUACGCUCAGUACACUAGCUAUAAUGCGGUGGCUGGUCGACUACCGGGACGUUGUAUGCCAGGCGAUUUCGAUUGUGGAUUUGGCCGUUGUGUACCCAUCACGGUAUUCCACGACGGCAAACCCGACUGCCACGACGGCAGUGACGAAUGGUGCUUCUUCGGUCAGGUCAAGUGUGGUGCCUACUGCAUUGAUAUGUCGCAAGCGCUCGGCUGCAUAUUUUCACCGAAAUGCGACGAUUCCAAUCGACAACCGCAGUGGUGUGCGGUAUCGAAUCAGAACUAUGUCAGAACACUGGAAGGAUCGUAUCGAUGUUACUACAACAGAACGAAGGAAGUUGAAAUGCCUCCGGCUCUCAAUUAUUCCGCAGCAUUUUUGAAGAACACCAAUGCUGGACUACCUGGUUUUUCACCUCAGUUUCCUACAUUAUUUCCUCCUAUGCCCUCACAUACUGUUGCUCCUGCUUUCACUCAUCCUGCGCCUGUCAAUCCUACACCUCCAGCUCACCUUUCGCGUAUUACUGGUCUACCACCACUGCCUCCGCCUUACCCUACACUGCUCCCACAACCUACGCCAUUCAAUUCUAAUUUUCUGUCCACUUCAACGCAAGCGCCAGUAGCAAUCACAAAUGCGAUUUCUGGUGAUCACACAACCCCCAGCAACUCGUUUUCAUCUUCGGAUCUUCCGACUUCUACCUCCUCCACUCCUGAAAACCAGCUCGUUACCACUUCUUCUUCAUCUGCUCAAGAAACACAGCCCAAAUCUUCUGCCACCCCUAAGCCUGAGGUUACGACAACACCGGGCACAGGAGAGAGUAAGACCACGAGAAGACGGGGUUCCGUCGGCCAUAUCAGGGGUCGCGCCACCACUACCAUGAUGCCAGGCAAGGUAGUGACCCACAUAACCGUCACGGUUGUGGACACUAGAGAGUCCAGCAGAGGACGACAGCCCGACGAUCUCCACGGCGAAGUCCCACCAGAUGAAUCUCAGGAGACCAAAGAAGAGCAUGAACCUGAUGCAACUAAUGAAGAGAAAGGAAAUCAGGGUAGCUCAUCCAGCAGAGAGAUUACAACCAAGGUUAAAGAGGAAAGCGAAGCUUCAAGUCCCGAUAUUGUGAUUAGAACAGAUGAAGGAGAUCACGGUCAACCAUCCAUUACUCAUAUAGAUCUCAGUUCCAGUGGAGGCACGCCGUUGGUAAUCACUCAUGUAUCAAGUUCAAAAACAUCACCAUCUUUUCCAACCGACCAAGGGCAGGAUAUCAGUGACGGGACCACGAAAACUACGGCGCCGAAUGUUCCAAUUCCCGUAGUAGUUCCAAUACAAACAGCCGGAAGAGCUGGCGAGGAUAUGUCGGAAGCCGAAACGCUUGACGUCAACACGAUGAGUGGAAUGGGAACCAGAGAGCGGUGUUUGUUCCAAGUAGUCAACAGUGCCAAAGAGAAGUACGCCAGAUACGAGUGUCAGUGUGCUGUUGGCGAAAUGGAAGUUAAUGGAGUCUGUGAAGGUCAUGAAAAAGAUCUAGCUUUCUUCAAACUGGAUGUACAGUCUGCAUGUAAAGUCACACAGCUAACGUACGACCAGAGGAAAUGGGUAGCGAUCGCCAAGCUCGCUGAAUCGCUGGAUCUUCCAGCUUGUGUGAGGAUGGCUUCCAACGGUGAUGCUUAUGUGAACGCAAUUUGUGGAACAGGAUGUCAUCUGCAGAACAUUCAAAAACUCUUAAAACACUUUACCGGCGACCCCAAAAAAGUAUUCGUUGACGAAGCUGCUGCAUGUCAGGACAGCUCUUCGAACUAUUGUCACAGGUAUGCCGAAUGCCUAAUGAACGAUGUUCGAAUGAGUUGUCAGUGUCGUGUUGGCACUAACGACACAUCUGGUGGACUUGGGAAGAUGUGUGUAGGAGUUCCAACGGAUAAUGAAUGCAUAAUGAUUUAUGGAGUGUGCCUUAUCGUUUAUCUGAUUAUUCUACUUGGUAUCUUGUUACUUAUUCCUCUACUGAUACUUCUUCUAUCGCGAUGUUGCGUUGGCAGGCAUAGUAAAAGAAAGAGUAUCAAUCCAAGAGCUGCGGAGGAAGAGCUCGCUGCGGGAAAAACAAAGCGCUCAAAGAAGAAGGGGAAGAAAGGUGAAGAUGACUACCAGCAUAUCCAUGCUAUCAUGCAAUCAGCGAAUGCUGGCAAGGCAGGAAAAGAUAUGGCAAGGUUAGCCCUAUCCGACCGUUACAAAAAGAAGAGCAAGGAAGUCGCAGAAAAAAGUAACAAUGUAGUUAAAGUCGAGGAUGCUCACCCGGAAACUUCUACGACAGCCAUCAGCCAGCCCAACAGCGUUCCACAAGCUGUGAAUGUCGUGAAUGGAGCGAAUGUCGCAGUGAAUGAGGUCACCGCAAUUCCUGGAACAGUGCCAGCGCCGGUAGCCUACGGCGAGACGCCUAUUCUGGACCACGUCCCUGCGCCUUCUCUCCCAGACCAGCAGCCGGUCAGUCAGGUGGCAGCUGUCACACCGGAACAACCUGUCGUACCCGGUCAGAAUCCACUGGCGCAUAAGACCGCAUCUCACCAGUCUCUUACCGUGACUGAGCCACCGAAGCCAGCUAUUCCACCUUCUGCCUUCAGUGCUCCCACUGUAGGCAACGUCGUCUCUAUCCCGGCAGAAGUUUCAACGCCCAGACCGGUCGCCCCGCCGCUUUCGACACCCUACGCGACGCCACCUCAUGUAACUCCGCCACAUGCACCAUCUCCUAGUGGUUCUCUUCCUGUUUCCUCAUCUGCUACUCCUCUUCCUGCGGGUGCUACAUCUCCUCAUCCUGCGGGUGGAACUUCCCCUCAUCCUGCGGGUGCUGCUUCCCCUCAUCCUGCGGGCGAUGUAGUGCAACCUCUACCUCAUCCAGCACAUCCAGUACCUUCUUUCCCUGUCGCCGUCGAAGUGCAUCGCAGCAAUGACCCGAACGGGAAGAAACUUCCACGAACUGUUUCAACUCAAUCUGUCGGUGUUCAGCCAACGAUAUGGGAAUCUUAUAAAGCUCUUGGAGACGUUUACUCCAAGCAGGACAACCUAGAUCGCAAGGGUAGCUCCAGUUCACUAGACACGUUGAUAUAUAGCCGAUACCCGCAAAUGAGCGUAACUCUGAUCGCUGCGGUACCUCCUCCUAAAGCAGGCAAAACUAUUGUUGAAAACAAGCAACCCAAGCCACCACCACCAGAGGAGCCCCCUAAGCAACCAGUUUUUGUGGCGGAGACGAUGGCAGGAGAAAAAUCAAGCACUGAUGAUGAUGUGCAAAAUAGUGCCGCGGUCUCCUUGAAAAAGGACAGAACUGACAAAUCUGCAAGGCUUGCCGCUCUGUUAGGAGUGAACAUCGAAGACACUUCAAUAUCGUCGUCGUCGGUUCCCGAGAGACCUCCUCAUCUCACUUUGCAACAAUCAGACGAACAAAUUGUGGAAGAGAUGUCGAAAGCAGGCAUCGAGCUACCGAUCCCUCCCAAAGAAGAGCCUGAGCUGUCUAUCGAUGAAAGGAUUAUUGAGAUAACACCACACAUCAGAUUGCCAUCCCAUAUGGAAGAUAAAGAGUUGCUGGACGUUGAUCUGGCUCCUGUCAAAUUGCCAGCGCUUCCGGUUAAAGAGUCGUCGGACGUUGAUCUGGCUCCUGUCUCUAAAUUGCCAGCGCUUCCGGUUAAAGAGUCGUCGGACGUUGAUCUGGCUCCUGUGUCUGUAUUGCCACCGCUUCCGGUUGAAGAGUCGUCGGACGUUGAUCUGGCUCCUGUCUCUAUAUUGCCAGCGCUUCCAGUUCUGCCCGAUUUUGAGAUCACGGAGUCCGAUUCUAGGCCGAAAACAUCGAAACCUGGGAGAACACAUGCGACUUCUGUUAUCUCAAACGAUGUCGUGUUUGUUCCCAAGAAAGCACGUGAACACUCAAAUGCGCUGAAAAGAGCAUCAAGCCGAGAGAAGCCGACACGCACCGGGUCACGCGAACUUCUGAAACCUCCCACUCGAACGCACGAUUCUGACGAAAGCGAUCCAGAGGUGUCCGCCUUCAGACAUUUCACUAAAACUGGUCGAUUCAAAGACGGGGUUCCUCUAACUAGGAGAAGACUGCGCAGGCCAGAGCGCCAGCUCUCGAGUAUUUCCGAGAAAAGCGCCGAAAUAGCUGCGGAAGCUGCUCUGCAACAACAUCAAACUCAAGAUUAUUCGAUAUCCGCACCCAAUACAACCCGUUCCCUGACAGAGUGGCAACGUAAUAUACCGAAGCCGUUGCCAACCAGUAAUGGUUCCGAUACGCAAACGGACGUUGACAUACCCUCCGAAGUGCAAAAACGUAUGUCACCAUCGAGUUCUAAAGUGUUGGAGAAGCAGAAAGGGAAGAAAGUGCAAGCUGAGCAGUUCUCGAAAUCUAAGUCGGAAUCUUCAAUCCAGCGUCGAUCUCGGUUAUCUUCCAUGCCCUCAACAUCUAGUGCUCCACCAGCAGAAUCAAAAGCUGUAAGAGAGCGCGGAUUUGUCUCGUCCCCCGAAAUCCCGGACGUCACACUCAGGCGGUCAUUAGACCGGUUGGAUCUGCUGGAGGGCUCUCCCGACUUUGACUCGAACAGGGGCGCUUUCACAUCCAGGUCACAAGUCGGUCUAGGCAGCAAAGUUCGCAAAGCAACUAAGUAUACUAAACGGCUACCCACUGCUCCUGGCAGGAGAUCGGAGAAAAAAAUGAAAGUACCUUCUCAGACUUCAGAUGAUGGAGAAACAGUGGCUUCUGGUUCGAGAAGCAAGUUUCCCAGGAAAGAAACGGCAAAGGAAGUGGACACUCCCCACUCAUCCAAAUCGAGCGCUUUGAUCAGCAGGAAAAUUGCAACACGUCGGCAGGAGAGCCUGUCGAAGUCCGCUGCUGACCUCAGACAGGAACGCAGCAACUCCGCGAUGGGUCGCCGAGCGAAAGCCUCUCGGUCAGCCGACGUUCGUGGCAGACGUCCUCCAUGGAACUCUUCCAUAAAGGUGCCUGACGAUGCGUAUAAAAUCUACCACGAGCCUUUCCUUCCCGAAAUCAAAACAACCACGAGGUAUUACGAGAAGAGUCGAUCUGUGGUCAACUCGCCUACUGGUAUGCAACACACAAGCUUAAGCAAAUUUUCUCUUACCAGUUUACCUCCUCGAUGUAACUCACAGAUUGAGUUUUCGCCAUAUUUCACUCCAGGGGCUGAUCCGGCUAAACGGCCCAAGGAGGACUUGUGGUGGGGGCCUCCAAAGCGAUUUUAGGUGAUUGUCUUUCGCACUUGUUCGAGUAGUACUUCUCUUACGUUCAUCGAUUCUUUAUUGGCCUUCUACUUGCGGAGCUUUGUCUUUAAUCUGCUGUUAGGAUCUUCAUUCUCGGUCAUGUGUUGUUCAUGAUCUGUGUCAUUUGCGU